AUGUCUACUUUUCCACCAUCUGCCGCGACAGAUCCAAAUCUGCCUCAUAAUUCGUUGGUCCCGCAUAUCAUAGGUGUAUGCUCUACGAUGCUGGUCCUGGUCACGCUUGUGAUCGUUGCCAGGUUCUGGAUCCGUUGGACUUUGGUCAAGGCCCGACUGGGGCCUGAUGACUGGUGUAUCUUGGUGUCAUGGGUGUUAGCGGUAGCUUUGGAUCUUGAUGGUAUCAAUCAGAUAAGAUAUGGGCUUGGGCGACAUAUCUACGAUUUGUCUCCGGACACAAACUUCAGUGUGUCACUCGAGCUCUGUUACUUUGGUGAAAUCUUGUACUACCUCUGCGUGGGCACGACAAAGGUUGCGAUCCUUAUCCUUUACCUCCGUCUUGUUGUCCAGCAGACAUAUCGCAUGCUCAUCUGGGCGUGCAUAGUCUUCGUCAUCCUGACUGCCUUAUCUUGCGUGAUCGCCAGUAUAGUUCAGUGUACUCCGGUGCAUAAAGCCUGGGAUGCUGCGGGGAAUGUUGCUGGAUCUUGUUUCAAUGUCAAUGCACUUUUCUUCGCCAACGCGGGACUUAACAUUCUUCAAGAUGCACUUGUCUAUAUUCUUCCGAUGAAGAUGCUGUACGACUUAAAGGUUCCGCGGAGACAAAAAAUUGCUCUCAUGUUUGUUUUCGCUGUCGGUGGUUUCGUCGUUGUCACAGGCAUGGUGCGACUCAAUUCAUUGAAAGUUGCCCUGAGAACACCCGAUCCCUCUUACGACAAUUUUGGCGCUGUUAUUUGGUGCGCCAUCGAGUGUAAUACCGGUAUAGUGUGCGCUUCUUUGCCCUAUUUCAAACCACUCAUCGACCACUUCUACCCCAACUUGAUGGGCCACAGCCGGGGUUCUGCAAAAAUGGUUCGCCUCACCAAUGGGCCGGCAGGCUCAAAGACUCUGAAGCAGAGUCAGAAGAGGAAUGUCGAUCAAACAGAACUUGAGCUGGAGCGUGGCAUUGGUUGGAAUGACUCGUAUGCUGCCAAAUACGCCGCGAACUGUGGUUACAGUGUUACAGCUAACGGCAAGUCGUCUUCGACGUCUAACGGCAGUGAGGACCACAUCAGCUCCCAGGAGGCACAUGGCAUCCAUGGAGGCAUUCACAAAUCCAUGAGCGUCGUGAUCAGCAGAGAUUGA